UUAUAUGGACUUCAUUAAGUACUUUAAAUUGUUUCUAAUUGAAUAAAUCCAUAUAAUUUUUUCCAAAAAUAUUAUAACUUCCAUUAAAAGAAUUUUUAUAAGCUUCAAAUAUGUUUAAAAAUAAAAUUGUUUUAUUACUCUUCGUUAUUUAUAUUACAAUUGCAUUUGCAGUUCCAACAAAUAUUGUAGAAUACAACAACAGAGAAGUCAGUGAAGGUGACGUCAAUCAUGAACAUAAACAAUCAGUAAAUGAAAACUAUUUUCCAGGAGGCUUCAUGAAUGCCAAAAUAUUGUGUGUAUACAUAAAAAAACACUUACCUAAUGUUGCCAAGGGUAUUACUCCUGAAAUUUGUGAUUGGUUUGUCCAAAAUUUCGCAAAAUCACAACCAGAUAAAGGACUUGCAGAAGAUGAAUAUGUUAAUGUGAUUUCGACAAUUUUAAACUGGAUUUAUGAAACUGUAAAAUAAUUAAGAUAAAAAAUAAUUUA